AUGUAUCGCUCGUUGUUGAAUAGUAUUGGAAUCCUCUGCCUCGCGGCGCUCUGGCGCCCCGUGGCAGCGAUGGGCUCGGGAAACACAGCGUACAUGAGACGCGUCCUGCUAGCAGCGCAGGCAGGGCUCGAUCCGAGCCUCGUUCUCGAUGAUAAGAUGGACUUUCAUUCUCUGAUUUCCCAUCCACCGCAUCAAGAGCCUCCUCCCGAGACGGAGUUUGUGACGAUCCCUAUCGACCAUAACGAUUCGUCUGUCGGCACGUACCAGAAUCGAUACUGGGUGUCGGAGAAGUUCUUCCAGCCCGGAAGCCCGGUCAUCAUGUACGAUGCGGGCGAGCUCAAUGCGCAGAACCUAGCCGCAUUGCACCUGGCGUCGGAUACGUCUUUUUUCACAAGACUGCUGAAGGAGUUCAAUGCCAUGGGCAUUGUAUGGGAACAUCGCUACUACGGAGAAUCUGCGCCUUUCCCCAUCAGCUUGGACACGCCCCCGGAGCAUUUCAAAUACCUGACGACGCGGCAAGCCAUCGAAGACAUCCCCUACUUCGCGCAGAACUUCACCCGCGUCAAUUACACCGAUGUCGACCUCACCCCGAAAGGCACGCCGUGGGUGAUGGUAGGCGGGUCGUACGCCGGUACGCGAGCGGCGUUCAUGCGCAACGAACACCCCGAAACAAUCUUCGCGGCGCUCUCCUCGUCGGCGCCCAUCCAAGCGCAGGUCGACAUGACCAGCUACUUCGACCAGGUGUAUCGCGCGAUGGUCGCCAACGGGUACUCGAACUGCACGAGAGACAUCCACGCGGCGUACCAGUACAUCGACGGCCAGCUGGCGGAAGACACGGGCAGCGCAGCGGCGAUCAAAAGGCUCUUCUUCGGCGAGGAAGGCGCGCAGAACUCCAACGAGGAUUUCACGGGGGCGCUGACCCAUCUAUACGAUUACUUCCAGGGAUACGGCCUCGGCGGCGUGAAUGGCAACAUCGCGCAACUCUGCGACCACAUCGAACACGACCCAAGCACAAAUCAAACGGCCGGGCCGGACGGCGUGGCUGCCAUGUAUGGCGGGAGGUACGCUGCAGAGCGCAUGGCGGCGUGGCCGUUACUGGUGCGCGUGACGAACUCAAACCUCGGGCUUAACUGUGGGCCGGAGAACGACACGCUCCCGGUCAACUGCGAGCUGGGAAAGCCCAGCACCGACGCAGACACGAUCAGCUGGAGCUGGCAGUACUGCACGGAGUGGGGGUUCUACCAGAGCAACAACGCAGGCGAGCACGCGCUGCUGUCGCGGUUCCAGACACUCCAGUACCAGCAGGAGAUAUGCAAUCGGCAGUUUCCGGACGCCGUCGCGGCGGGGGUAUUGCCCGCGACGCCGGAAGCAGACCGCGUGAAUAGCGAAUUCGGAGGGUGGACGGUGCGGCCGUCGAAUACGAUGUUCAGCGUGGGGGAGUUCGACCCGUGGCGGACGCUGUCGGUGCUGUCGGCGGAGGAGUUUGCGCCGCAGGAUGUGGUCUGGUCGAGUGAUGUACCGCGGUGUGGGGAGGUCCGUGAUACGGUGUUUGGAUAUGUGGUUCCCAAUUCGGAACACUGUUUUGAUUUCCAGCUUAUAUCUGACGAGGGUAAGGCGUCGAUGGAAGUGUUCAAGAGUGCGCUGAAGCAGUGGUUGCCGUGUUUUGUGAAGGGGGUGGGAGGUGAAGCGUGA